AUGUGUGGUUUCACCAACGAAGAAAACCUUAUCAGGCUUCAAAAAUCAUUGGAAGGAAAGGCGUACGACACGGCGCGAAGUCUAUUGAUGCAUCCGUCAAACGUACCUGCAAUCAUUCGUACUCUAAAGAUGAGAUUCGGGCAACCAGAAGCCGUGGUUCAUUCCUUAAUCCAGAAGGUAAACGCCCUCCCGGCGAUACGAGAAGACAAGCUAGAAACGUUGGUGGAGUUCGCAGUCAACGUGCAAAACUUCUGCGCAACAGUGGAUGCGUAUGAGUUGGACGACUAUAUGUACAAUGUCUCCCUUCUGCAUCAGUUGGUACACAAGCUUCCGUCAUCCCUCAAGCUAGACUGGGCACGACAUCGGCAGACACUUCAGAGGGUCAACCUGGCGACCUUUGGCCAUUGGGUGUAUUCGUUAGCUGAAGCAGCUAGCACUGUUGUGAUCCCGAUUGACUCCAACGAAAUGAAACCAACGCGUAGUGAAGUGAGGGGACACAAGAAAUCCAAUGUGUAUCUGAACGCCCAUUCAGAGACGUUUUCCGAGUCCAAUGCCCACCAUCUGAAAUCUUUUGAUCUCACUCCCCGUUCGAAAGAAGCACCUACAUCGGUAUCAUGUGCUCCUGCUCCGAUACCGUCAUCUUCUUCCGGAAGAUCUCAAACACAUGACUGCAACACCCAUCAAGCAAAAUCAAGUGCGGUGCUUUUUCGCUAUCUUCCGGUCGUUCUUAGUGGACCCAAGGGAUCCAUUCAGACCUAUGCGUUCCUAGAUGAAGGUUCACAUUUGAGCCUAAUAGACCAAGAACUGGCAGACCAGUUGAAACUUAAAGGCUCAACAAUCCCACUAUGUCUCCGCUGGACGGGAGAUUUCAGGGACGAGCCAAACAGCCAAGAAUUUCCAAUUGUCAAUGGUCUUCCCAUCGACUCGUAUUAUGAUGCUCGCCCACGGAUCCUCAUUGGAAUGAAGCAUGUGCAAGUCAGCCUCGUACUAAAAAGCAGAGAAGGAAGAGUAGAGGAGCCUGUUGCGGUCAAAACUCGUUUAGGGUGGACAGUUUGUGGUGGAGGCGACGCAGAGGGAGACAACGGAAACAAUCUUGUCCACUACACAUUCCAUGUGUGCUCUUGCGAGCGAAAUAUCGAUGAUGAGCUUCAUCAGACCGUAAAAAAGCAUUUUGCUUUAGAAAGUCUUGGCAUUAUGAAACCUGAAACACUUCUUCUUUCGGUCGCUGAUCAGCGGGCACAUGAUCUUUUGAAGCAGCUCACCACCUACGACGGAAAACGAUACACAACGGGACUUCUCUGGCGUUACGACAGUGUCCGCCUGCCAGACAACUACGACAUGGCCAUGAGAAGACACCAAUGUCUACAGAAACGUCUCGAUAAAGACCCGAGACUAGCGGAAACGUUGAACCGCAUGAUAGCAGACUAUGUUUCUAAAGGAUAUGCCCGACGACUCUCAAAGGAAGAGCUUAAGCAAACCUAUCCAAGAGUGUGGUACCUUCCGGUGUUUCCAGUUGUUAAUCCGAAUAAGCCGGGAAAGGUGAGGAUGGUUUGGGACUGUGCCGCCUGUUCGUUUGGCGUCUCGCUGAACUCCGCCCUCCUUAAGGGCCCCGAUCAGCUUAAUUCAUUGCUGUCCAUUCUACUACAGUUCCGUGAACAUAGAGUGGGGCUUACUGGAGACAUACGUGAAAUGUUCCACCAAGUACGAAUUCGAGAUGUGGACCAGCAAUGCCAGCGCUUUCUGUGGGAGAAUGAUGAAGCAGGACUUGUGGUUUACGUACUGCAAGUCAUGACCUUUGGUGCGUGCUGCUCGCCUAGCUGCGCACAGUACAUAAAGAAUAUUAAUGCAGAGCGACAUGCAGGAGAGUAUUCAAAAGCUGCUGUGGUAAUCCAGAAGAAACACUACGUGGAUGAUAUGCUCGUUAGUCUGGAAUCUGAAGAGGAAGCAGUGCGUAUAGCGAAAGAGGUACAAUAUGUCCACCACCGAGGAGGGUUUGAGAUCCGUAAUUGGGUUUGUAAUUCACAGGAAGUCCUGAGAGUUCUCAAUGAACAAGGAGCGAAUGAGAAAGACCUAGAUUUAUCACCAGAAUUCAACACCGAGAAAGUUUUGGACACAUCUGACACGUUCACCUACAAGGUUGGAUGGAACCGGUACGAUCGCGGUCUUCUAGAAGGUUACAAGCGUCCCACCAAGCGAGAAGCUCUUCGCGUAUUGAUGUCGAUAUUUGACCCUCUCGGGCUUAUCUCUCACUACCUUAUGUUCCUGAAGGCGCUAUUGCAGGAGGUAUGGCGUUCUGGCGUACAGUGGGACGAAGAAAUAUCCGACAGCGCAUUCAGAAAAUGGCAGCAGUGGUUAAAGUUUUUACCCCUCGUCGAGCAAAUUCAAGUUCCUAGAUGCUACCGGAUAGUUUCCCAAGCCCUAGAAGAAGAAAUAGAGCUACACAUAUUCACCGAUGCCAGCGAAAGUGGAAUGGCUGCUGUCGCGUUCCUGCGGUUCAUCAAAAACGUAAACGUCCAUUGCUCAAUCGUCGCUGCAAAAACUAGAGUGGCACCCCUUAAAUUCGUAUCAAUCCCACGUCUAGAACUACAGGCUGCCGUAGUCGGGGCUAGGUUAGCUAGUGCGGUUACCGACGCUCUGUCCUACAAUAUAUCCAGGAAGUUCUUCUGGACAGACUCUCGUGACGUGCUUUGUUGGUUAAACUCCGACCACCGUCGCGAAAUCUUGGACCUUAGCGAAAUUAACGAGUGGCGCUGGGUUCCUUCGAAGAAGAAUGUUGCAGACGAUGGGACCAAAUGGACCACAUUUCCCGAUCUUACACCCACAAGCCGAUGGUUCAUAGGAGCAGAUUUUUUAUGGCUACGGGAAGAAGAUUGGCCACAGCAACCUUCGAAAAGUAGUUCUACGGAAAACGAGCUGCGUUCCAAUCUGCUUGGGCUUCAUGUUUGCUUUGAGCCUAUUAUUGAUUCCAGCAAAUUCUCUUCCUGGAAGCGUCUACUCUAUAUCACUGCUUUCGUGAUUCGCUUCCCUGAUAAUUGCCGCAGGAAACUACGCAGAGAAUCGAUUACAACAGGAGCGCCAACAACUGAUGAACUGAUUUUAGCUGAAUCGUAUCUCUUACGGUCCGCCCAACGCGAUGGUUAUCCGGACGAGACAGCUGUCCUGGCCAAAGCACAACAAAAAUCCAAUAGCUUGAUAACCAUACCGAAGCAAAGCAGUCUGUUUCAGUUAUCGCCGUGGUUAGACAGCAGAGGAGUAAUGCGAAUGCGAACGAGAGUUGCCGCUUGCCAAUAUGCAACAGAAGACGCCAAGAAACCAGUUAUAUUACCACGUGACCACCCUACAACCAAUCUGAUUAUCGCGCACUACCACCAACGCUAUCAUCACCAAAACCAUGAGUCAGUGGUUAAUGAACUACGACAAAAGUUCAAUAUUCCACAUAUUCGGGCCGCUUACGCUAAAGUGAGGAAGAGCUGCCAACGAUGCAAAAAUGAUCACGCCGAACCUCGCCCACCAAUGAUGGCUGACCUUCCUCCAGCACGGCUUGCAGUGUAUUCUCCACCGUUCACACAUACAGGUCUCGACUUCUUCGGUCCAUAUGAGGUGUCUGUAGGAAGACGUAGAGAAAAACGAUGGGGAAUGCUCGCGACAUGUCUAACAGUUCGAGCAAUCCAUAUUGAAAUAGUACACUCGCUGAGCACUGACUCCUGCAUAAUGGCCAUCCGUAAUUUUAUCGCACGCCGCGGUAUACCACGUGUGAUCUAUAGUGAUAGAGGAACAAAUUUCAUUGGAGCGUCUCGCCGUAUGGAAGAAGCCGCUGCAACAGUCAACCUAGACGAAGUUAUGAAAGAGUUCGUUACCGUAGACACAACUUGGUCGUUUAACCCACCCCUUGCUCCACAUAUGGGCGGCAGCUGGGAGCGACUGAUAGGCAGCGUCAAGCGAAACCUUCAAACCAUCAACCCAUCACGCAACCCGACGGAUGAAGUACUGCGCAACCUAAUGGCUGAAGUUGAAAACGUCAUCAAUUCUCGGCCGUUAACUCAUAUUCCAAUUGAUGACGACUGUGCUCCCGCGUUAACGCCGAACCAUUUCCUCCUUGGUUCCUCAAAUGGAAUCAAACCGUUCUCUAUCCUUGAUGACAGCAACGAUGCUCUGCGCCAGAACAUAUUAGCUUCGCAAGUACUGGCAAAUGGGUUUUGGAGACGCUGGCUAAGCGACUAUUUACCCGAAAUCACCAAGCGGUCCAAGUGGUUCAACCGAACCGAUCCGAUUGAAGUAGGCCACGUUGUUGUAAUUGCCGAUCCCAAGCUACCCCGGAACUGCUGGCCCAAGGGUAAAAUUAUUGAAGUCCACCCAGGUAAGGACGGAGUAGUUCGCUCAGCAACCGUAAGAACAUCCACCGGAAUCUACGUCCGUCCUGCCACCAAACUGGCAGUCUUAGACGUCGGGCGCGAAGGAAGUAAGCCAUCCUGA